AUGGCUCCGAAGACUGGGAAGGUUGCGAAGUCGGCCGUGGUGCUGCAGCUCGAGGCGCUGCGAAAGGAGCGGGCCACUUUCACCUCCGAGCUCGACGCGGCGGGGCUGAGGGAGUGGUUCUACCUCUUCUGCGAUCCUCCCCUCCCCUCCCCUCGUGCAGCCGCCACCCACCUCUUCCUGUCUCGAUUCCCACCCACAUCACCGCCGCCGCUGCCGCCGGCCUACGCUCUGCCCCCACACCACCGCCCUGAAACCCCCUCCUCACCUUCUCUCCCCGGUCGAGCAACAGCAGGUGAGGCGGAGGCGGCAGCCAGAUCCGCCGCGUUGCUUCCGGAUCCAUGCCCUCCCCACCACCGAUUCAUCUUCAAUCCCUCCACCGACACCCAACCCCACCCCCACAGGCGACCUCCCCUAACCCAUCACCACCGGCGACCUCCCUCCCUUGCUCCUCAACCCAACCCAACCCUGAUUCGAUUCAGUUCAGAGACAAACCCCCUCCCACAUCAACGCCGCUGCCACACACUGCCAAUCCCCUCACUCCACAACGCCUUCUUCCUGUCCCGAUUCCCAGACGGGCGUCGACACGGCCAGCGUCGACACGGCAUCAACCCCUUUUGCGAGAUUGCCAUGGAGGAGGAGUUGCAGAUCCGCGAGGCCGGCGCCGCCUCCGAGGACGUCGCCGCCACCGUCAGUCCUGGGCAGGCCGCCGACACGCUCCGCACCACGCCCGCCAUGGGCGCCGACCGCGCCGUCCACGUCCUCCACGACCCCGACCCCGCCCGCCCGCUCCUCCCGCCCGCCGUCGACAAGAUCCUCCGUGCCCUCGCGCUCCAGGAGACCCCCUGCCUCCUCAUCCUCGGCAAGCAGAGCGCUCCCUCCAGGUGAAGUCACCCACCGCAAUGCCAGGGGAUUCGUUUCUGAGGACGAGUUCCUAUCCAUCCCGGAGUUCUCCACCAACCCGCUCGCCCAGCUGCUGAGCUCUCUUUACUUUGGGCACUGUUUACCGGCAUCUCAAUCCCGACCUAGCAGGUCUGCUUACCAGCAUCAACAGGAUAUUCUGCAAUCCAGAAGAACUAGCUACUCAGAAGUGGAUGACAGUGAACAUGAGAAGCUAUGGUUUCCUGAUUUGUAGUUAUGUGUAGUGUUGUCAUGAAGCUAUGGUUUCCUGAUUUGUAGUUAUGUGUAGUGUUGUCAUGAAGCAUGGUGGUUCUGGCUUUGUGUAAAAUCAUUAUAAGUAUUGUACCUCUUUAGAGGAGUUGAACGUUGAACUAUGUAUGUGAUUCAUGUACCUGAAGUAUCCAACUAUGAUGUCUAUUGCUGAAACGAGUAUAACAAUUUACUGAUAAUAUUAGUUUAUGGCUGGAAUUA